AUGUUUCGCGAUCUCUUGACAACAGAAAAAUACUCGGUUGUGGUGCGCAAGGAGAACUUCGUGGUUUUCACCCAAACCGACAAGAAAAUAUACUCACCUGGUCAGACCGUAAAAUACAGGGUAAUCGUAAUGAGGACCGACUUCUCUCUUUACGACGGGUUCUGCGAUGUUACUCUCAUCAGCGCGGAAGGGAUUCAAAUAAACAAGAAAGAAAACGCGGCGCUCGUGAAAGGCUUCAGCCAAGGCGAGUUCGAGCUGGUCGACUCGGCCACGCAUGGACAGUGGAAGAUAAAAGUCGCGCUGGACGGGUAUCGUCAAACGUACGUAACUGUAUUCGACAUCGAGGAAUACCACCUUCCCAAAUUCGACAUCACAUUUGACAUGCCCGACGUAGUUCGUGCAGACUCAGCAUCGGAAUAA